ACGAUUGAGAAGAGCAUCAACAAAAAUGGCCAGCCGAAAAGCUCUGAUUAACGUCCACCGGAUCAUCCGCUCCACUGCGGUGGUUAGAGGGAUCUCCGUCACCCCUUCACCUGCACAUCCUCUUUUCCAAAAUGGAGGGGCAAGAUUCUUCUGCGGUAACACCUCGAGUCCACAAAAAUUUGAUAUUGAUCUCUCCAACGAAGAGAAGAAAAGGAUAACCAUCAACAGAUUGUUGUAUAGGAGCAAGCAACGUGGUUUUCUGGAACUUGAUCUGGUUUUGGGUAACUGGGUUGAGGAGAAUGUUAACUCCAUGGAUGAAAACACUGUUAAAUCCCUUAUUCAUGUCCUCGAUUUGGAAAACCCUGAUCUCUGGAAAUGGUUAACUGCUCAAGAACAGCCUCCCGAGAUAGUGAGCUCAAAUCCGGUAUUUUUGGCGUUGCACAAGAAAGUCAUGACGAAUCUGAACAAACAUGCAGCCCCAGAGACGCGUGCAGCAGCUGGACAACCCUGGGUCAAAGGCUGGGAUGAUUUCAAGAGAGGCCGUGACGCUCCCAUCUCAGGAAACCAGUGAAAUAAAAAAACACUUUCCUUACAAAAAUAACAAACUGCAAAAAAACACGUUUUAUAGUUGAUCUUAUAAAUACAAUAAAGUGCCAGGCCGUGAAGAAGGCUGGAGGUCUAAAUGUGUGUCUGUAGUGACACGAUGAGAUAUAAUUACAGUGAUGUGUGUCUUGUUUUUGGAAGUUCUUUGAUAUGUUAGUUACAGACUUACAGUUAUCAAGGAAUAUUGGGUUUUUUGAAAUUGUGGUGUUUUCUCUUCAGCUUAUAGUAACAGCUUUACUUGUGAAACAAA